GUAGUGUUCGAACCCUGCAGAUGUUUUUCGGGGUCAAAUAUCUCUGCGCGAGGCGGAGCUGAACUACAGCGAAUCCGCUGCAUGGACACACAACAGUCUUUCUACACAACAGUCUUCUCUGUACAACAGUCUUCUCUACGACAGUCUUCCCCAUAUAACAGUCUUCUCUACACAACAGUCUUCUCUACAACAGUCUUCUCUAUACAGCAGUCUUCUCUACGAUAGUCUUCCCCAUACAACAGUCUUCUCUACAGCAGUCUUCUCUAUACAACAUCCUCCUCUAUACACUUCAUUUAAGAGCACAGGAUAAGCAAAUAUGGCAGAAGGAGUCGGUGGAUCUGUCUAACGUGCCUAAGGAGUACAUGGACCUGAAGGGAGUGUUCAGUAAGUCUCGGGCCGCUUCUCUCCUGCCGCACCGUCCCUAUGACUGUGCCAUAGAUUUAUUGCCAGGGGCUGGAUUCUUUUUUGUGGGCAAGAAGGACGGUUCUCUGCGGUUGUGUAUUGAUUACCGGGGGCUGAACAGCAUCACGCUCCGCGGUUGCGCUGCGUGCCUUGCUCCUCGGGAGGAUUACUGUGUCCAGCUGGCUUCCUGGGACUGUUCGUUUCCGCUUGUUCAGUUUCUGCAACUUCAUUAAAGCCUCGCUUUACUCGCUACUGAAUCUGCCUCCAUUUUUGCCGUGACACAUAAAUCAGGCAUAUGGAAAAAGAUUCUCUGGUCUGAUGAGACAAAAAUUGAGCUCCUUGGGCAGAACAGCAAGCACUAUGUCUGGCCAAAAACAGAAGGUGAGAUGGAGAGUAUUGUCCCUAGUGCCCUCAACACAGGGAGUGAAACAGGAACACUAGUAGAGGUCAAGUUUCAGAAAAACUCCUAUCGAACCCAGAAGUACCUGGAGGCAGAACCAAAAGCUUUAGGGGUAACACAGAUUAUGCUGAGUCUCUUUUUCAUGAGUAUCAUAUUUUCGACUCCGACCACUGAUCAUUUCCACACCACAAUCAUCAGUCCUAUCUGUUCUUCAGUCAGCAUAAUAGCUGGUAGUGUGGCAAUAGCAGCACAGAAUCUUCACCUUCCUACACUGAAGGCCUGCUUGGGGAUGCAGAUUGUGGCAUGUGUGGGGUCAAUGAUCAGCUUUCUGAGCAGCUUCGUUCUAUUGGGGGACUAUUCUGUCUUUACUGUCUGCUGGGGAGAGUACUUCGGUCGCACAUCACAAUCAGACAUGUGUGAGAGGCUGUGGUCCAUCUAUGAGCAUAUCAUGGGAAUAGAGAUGCUCGUGCAGGCGACUCAGUUUGCUCUCUCUGCCACCUUGGCUGCCUUCUGCUGCAAAGUAAUUCAGUGCUGCUCACCGAGGGACAAUGUGCCUGUUAUUGUGGUGAACGCACCCCCGGGUCCACAGUGACGGCAGAGUCACAACCCAUUUAACUGCAGUUUUGUUUUAUGCGCAUGCAUUAUAAAUGUACAUAAAUUACUCACAUAUUUGUUAUAUGUAUAUAGCCUAAAGGCAACAUGCUUAGUUGUAGGAUAAUAUGUUGACUACAUGUUGACAAUGUUGAUAAUAUGUGAUAAAGUGUUGAAAAUACAUGAAAAUGCAAUGAAAUAAUGUGAAACAUUUUGAAUAUAAUUUUAUAUAUAGAAAAUAUACAUCAGUCAUAACAUUAAAACCACCUGCCUAACAUUGGAGGCCAGGUCAACACCUUGAACUCUUUACCAUGUUCCUUAAACCAUUCCUGAACAAUUUUUGCAGUAUGGCAGGGCGCAUUGUCCUGCUGAAGAAGGCCACUGGCAUUAGUUAAUACCAUUGCCAUGAAAGGGUGUACUUGGUCUGCAACAAUGUUUAGGUAGGUGGUACGGGUCAAAGUAACAUCCACAUGAAUGUCAGAACCCAAGGUUUCCCAGCAGAACAUGGCCCAGAGCAUCACACUGCCUCCGCUGGCUUGCCUUCUUCCCAUAGUUCAUCCUGGUGCCAUUUCUUCCCCAGGUAAGCAACGCACACGCACCCAGCCAUCCACAUGAUGUAAAAGAAAAUGUGAUUUAUCAGACCAGGCCACCUUCUUCCAUUGCUCCAUGGUCCAGUUCUGAUGCUCAUUUGCUCAUUGUAGGCGCUUUUGGCGGUGGACAGAGGUCAGCAUGGGCACUCUUGACUGGUCUGCAGCUAUACAGCCCCAUACACAGAAAGCUGUGAUGCACUGUGUGUUCUGACACCUUUCUAUCAUAGCCAGCAUUAACCUUUUCAGCAAUUUGUGCUACAGUAGCUCUUCUGUGGGAUCAGACCAGGCGGGCUAGCCUUCGCUCCCCACGAGCAUCCGGGAGUCUUGAGCAGCCAUGACACUGUCGCCGGUUCACUGGUUGUCCUUCCUUGUACCACUUUUGGUAGAUACUAACCACUGCAUCCUGGGAACACCCCACAAGACCUGCUGUUUUGGAGACGCUCUGACCCAGUCGUCUAGCCACCACAAUUUGGCCCUUGUAAAAGUCGCUCAGAUCUUUACGCUUGCCCAUUUUUCCUGCUUCCAACACAUCAACUUCGAGAACUAACUGUUCACUUGCUGCCUAAAAUUUCCCAACCCUUGACAGAUGCCAUUGUAAUGAGACAAUUUAUGUUAUUCACUUCACCUGUCACUGGUUUUAAUGUUAUGGCUGAUCGGCGUACAUUUAAACAUCGGCAAUUUUACCAAAUUUAUGCUUCAUUUAACACAAAGUCAUAUCUUCUUAGCGCUUGUAGUUCUUUUAAAAUGAACAAUUCAAUUUAUUAUUUUGGAAAUGCACCUGCUAAAGGUUUCCAGUAGGUAAAGAAUAUGUAUCUUUGUCUAAAAUUGUGUAGAGGACAGGCACUCAAGGUAUGGACAGAGGGGAGUGGGACACAAAAAAAACAUGUAAUUUAAUUAUUUAUCAUAUUUAUAAAUGUACAAAAAUGACAACCAUCCAGCUUGCAAUUUAUGCGAUAUAGUUUAUGUCCUGUUUAAUCCCCCCACCCCUACCCCCCACUUUUUUGCAUUGCCCAUAAUUUGUUUCAUAAUGUCUCACCAUCAUGUUAAAUUCCUUAAUUACUGCAACAGUCUCUUGAUACACAUUGUAUCAAGGUACACGCAAUAACUAUGGCUCUCUGUGAAAAAGUUUUUCCUGUUUCCAGCUCUUUUGAAAUCGCUCCUUCUCACUGUUAACUUUGUGCUUUUUGUCUGUAGCCAUGACUAAAUGUCAUUCAGUAAAUUAAUUUGCAGGUGUAGCAUGCUCUUUCAAUUUAGCUAACUGGGUUAACACAGUCUGCUGCCACCGUGAAAGGAAAAAUUGUAACGUUUUGCACGGCAGGCCACCUAUCAUACAUACUAAGAGAGAAGCCACAGGCCAGUUGACAUCUGUGUGUGGGCCGCAUUUGGCCCUGGGGCUCGACUUUGCAGUAAAGAGACUUAUAGUAUCUAUGCCAAAGUACAUUGAAGCUGUUCUGGUGGCUUGUAUUGGCCCAGCACCUUACUAAGGCACUAUGUUGUUUUUUCCCUUUAAGGUGUCAACCAUCUGUUUAUCUUCUUUAAGUUACAGCCCAAACACAUUGUCAUCACAUGAAUAUUAAACUGAAUUAAUCAGGACUCUACAGUUAAAUUCACUUUUAUUUUUAUGUCCAUUCUAUUGGACACUGGGCUUCAACACUUACAGUGUUGAAGAUACAGCUGUGAAGACAGAAUGCAUUUCUUACAGUUUCAUUUUAGGAACACAAACUAGGAUCAUGAACUUUCUUUGAUGUCUGAUGUUCUUCAUUUUUUGUGUGAAGAGAUGCUUUUACCAAGCAAAAAAUCUUCUAAAUGAAACACUUGCUCUAGUGUAUGCGUGUGCUUAAACAUGAACACUCUACACUGCUUUACUUGGGUUUAUUUGAGGCUAUGAGAAUAGUGCAUACUGAACUAUGUUCCAGUGCAUGUUUCUCUUCUACUUGAUAUGUGCAAUGUUGAGGCAUUAAGGAAUUAUAGUGUCCCAUAAGUAUCAGUGGAAGGUCAUGCCUUGGAAUGCGCAAACUAACAUUCUCUGCGCUUCAGUGGUUAUGCCUGUAUUGUUUGGACACAUACGUAGCCAUUUUUGGAAAA